GGCAUGGUUCCACUCGGCAGUAACGAGGGCUCUGAUUCGCUGGCUGCAGAGAUCGUCACCCCAGAGAUCCGAGAGAAGCUGAUCAGACUGCAACAUGAGAACAACAUGUUGAAGCUGGCCCAGGAGAGUUCUGAUAAUGAGAAGAUCGCUCUGCUGCAGAGUCUGCUGGAGGACGCUAACAGCAGGAAGAACGAACUGGAGACAGAAAACAGACUGGUGAACCAGAGACUGAUUGAGGGUCAGAGUCAGGUGGAGGAGCUGCAGAGGAGUCUUCAGGAACAGGACUCCAAAGCAGACGAUUCAAUCAUUCUGAAGAAGAGAAAUGAUGCUCACUUGGAGAAGUUACGGGAAGUGAACGGUGAGCUGCAGAAGAAGAGUGCGUACAUCGAUGACUUGGAGCCCAAGUACACCGCUAGCU